CGACCAGCUGUUUCUUCUCCAUUUCCGAUGCGAGCAGAGUAUCUCCGCCAGCCUCUGCGUGCAGAAUCGUUGCAAGAUGCGCUUCAGACGCUGCGCAAUUAUGACAUGACUGUCGUCAUGGAUGAUUCUUCAUCUAUGACUGGUUCGCUGUGGAAUGAGGUGGAACAGGCUCUCGCCAUGCUCAUCAAUGUAGCGAGCCAAUAUGAUGCCAGUGCCGCUGGCAUAGACAUACAUUUCUUGAACUCCAACACAACCAUGACGGGAGUUACAGACUCCAGAGUUGUCCACGAGCAGUUCACCAAAUUCCAGCCCUGUGGCCCAACCACUGUUGGGAAUUGCCUCAGUAUGAUCCUCGGCGAUUAUGUCCAUGAACUGUAUGCUGCUAAGGGACGGGAGGAUUCAUGCAAGAACAUCAAGCCCUUGAAUGUGCUCAUCAUUACUGAUGGUGUAUCAUCGGAUGAUGUAGAGAGUGUGAUCGUCUAUUUUGCCAGGUUGCUUGAGGUCGACAAGUGGCCACUUGGACAGGUCAGGAUACAGUUCGUUCAGAUAGGAAAUUCGAGGCAUGCAGCACAGUUCCUUAGAAAGCACCGUCAGGACAUCGUCGACACAACGCCCUAUAUCGGCCAACUGCAUGCUGACAUGCUGAUCAAGGUCCUUGUCGGUGGCAUUAAUCGCCGCAUGGACACGAAGGGUGGUGGUGCGGUUGUGUUUUAAGCUGCGAGAUACUGGAUAAAACACUUGUAUCAUGUCUGGAGCUAAGGAUUUGUUGCCAGCUCAGUAAUCAACAAAUCUUCCUGUAGUAAAUAUACCUGUGCAUGUACGUAUCCUUAGUG